AUGGAAGGGCUUCGGAUUGGUGGUGGCAUUGGAGGUCGUAGAGUGGGUGAAACGGCGACGGAAGGUUCUGCCAUGGUUGGCCUAACAAGAGCAUGGUUGCCAUUAUUGUUGGGUUUGGAUAACCCUAAGUCUAAGGAAAAUGCUAAUAAGGAAUCUGAGGAUGACAAACCAUCUAAUGCCAAGAACGGGGAUGUUGUGAUGAAAUCUAUGUUUCAAGAGAUGAUUCCCCACAUUGAACGGAAAUUCCUCGGUUUUCCAGAUGAAAUUUUAUCGGUAUUUAAUGCCGAGGCAUCUCCUAAGCCUGAUGAUGCCGACCCUCAUGUUGUUGAGCCAAACCCAGAUCUUGCCCACCAUUCCCCUACUCCGGAGUCUCCUGUGGCACCGAGUGUUAAGCUUUUGAUUCAGAACCAGGAUGAAAUGAUUAAAAGUGGAAGGCUCUCUGAACCCUACAAGGGAAUUGGUGAUUGUUUCAAGCGAACGAUUCAAGAAGAAGGAUUUGGGUCUUUGUGGAGGGGAAACACUGCAAAUGUUAUUCGUUAUUUCCCCACUCAGGCUUUGAACUUUGCUUUCAAGGAUUACUUCAAGAGGCUGUUCAACUUCAAGAAAGACAGAGAUGGUUAUUGGAAAUGGUUUGCUGGGAACUUGGCAUCAGGUGGUGCUGCUGGUGCUUCUUCCCUUCUGUUUGUCUACUCAUUGGACUAUGCUCGAACCCGUCUUGCCAAUGAUGCAAAGGCUGCAAAGAAGGGAGGGGAGAGGCAAUUCAAUGGCCUUGUUGAUGUCUACAGGAAGACCUUAAAAUCUGAUGGUAUUGCUGGGCUUUACCGUGGGUUCAAUAUUUCAUGUGUUGGAAUCAUUGUUUACCGUGGUCUGUACUUUGGAAUGUACGACUCUCUGAAGCCGGUGCUUUUGACUGGAAGUUUGCAGGAUAGUUUCUUUGCUAGCUUUGCCCUUGGUUGGCUCAUCACUAACGGUGCUGGCCUUGCAUCCUACCCGAUUGACACUGUCCGUAGAAGAAUGUUGAUGACCUCGGGUGAAGCAGUCAAGUACAAGAGCUCACUUGAUGCAUUCUCUCAGAUUUUGAAAAACGAGGGUGCCAAGUCACUAUUUAAGGGUGCUGGAGCUAACAUCCUUCGUGCCAUUGCCGGUGCUGGUGUGCUCGCUGGAUAUGACAAGUUGCAGCUCAUUGUGUUCGGAAAGAAGUAUGGAUCGGGUGGUGCUUAAUCUUAUGGGUAUAUUUAUCUCUGUCCCGUUUAGAUUUAGAUGGUGAUGAAAAACCAGAAAUAGAUUCUGGAUAGUCAAUUAAAUAAUUCAGAUUCAGUGGGGGGUUACCCC